CUUGUUUUUUGUUGCUGUUUUUUUUUUCUAGGGGAGCUGAAACGCUCCAGAAUUUUGGGGAAAAAUGAAAACUACUUAAAGUAUUUAAGAAACUGGCUCAAACCAGUUGCUCAGGGCAAAUCUUCACGAUGGAAGCGUUGUUGGCGUGCGUCCUUAGACGGUUGGGCUGCCAGUACUUUUCAUAGCCGUUGUGACAACAAAGGACCAACUGUAACAAUCGUAAGAGUCGGCGGGAAAUACAUAUUUGGAGGCUACACCAGCCUCUCAUGGGGUAAGUGGUUAGGUUUUUCUAAAACUGAACAUAUUAACAUGUAAAAUUGUCUAAGGAAGUAUUUGAAGCAGAAAAUGUUAUUACCACGCAGAGGACUAAAAAAAGGGCAUUCACGUUGUUUCAAACUUUAUCGCUCUUAUUCCAUUUCGGUUAAUUCGCCAAAUGGAGGUGAAUUAUUCUGGGUUAAAAUUCGAAAAGUCUCUACCAAAUAUUAGAAAAAGAAUAUCGUUGCCUUGUGUUCACGUACCCCAUAAAACUAAAAUUAGGACGUUUCACAUCGUAUUCGCGCUGCGAACAAAUUCGCCGUCAAUUAAAGUCUGAGCUGACGUAUUUUCUUUUUAGAGUUGUUCCUCUCUAAAGUUAAAGUGUUUUUCAGGCAAAGUAUUCCGCACUGUUGUCUCGAGUGCCGUUGUAGUUUAAAUAAUUAGUAAAAAUGACUAGAACGCGCGUGUUAAUUGAUCAAGGCUUAAGUUUCCUACUCCGAAGGUGGCCCGAGCCUUAUGCGCGUUGGUUAUGUUUUUCAAUCGCGUUUUUCGACAGAAAUGAUUUAACCGAUUUCCAUGAUUUUUACCAUCCUUAAUAAAGAAUGGUCGAACUUUAAGAAAACGCUAUUUGUUUUCUUAUAGGUAUAAAAACCUAUGAGAUAUCGGCAUAUGUUUAAAACCGCAUUUUUACAGAAAAUGUCAGUAAUUUUAGAACGCUAAGACAGAUUUUUCUCUAACGUCGGCAAAUAAGCCUCAGAGCUCUCUAGUUUUAUAUCCGUAAGUUUGAAGUCAAUCGUGAACGUAGAACACGCUGCACAAAUAGCUGGUCAAAUUAACCUUAAAAUGCAACGCUAACACAUUUGUCAAAGUUGACGCACGAAUAGAGGGAAACUGCCGGCGGACAAUCUCCUAUCUGCAAGGGUAUAUAUUCUUACCCAAAGCUUCAGUUGCAAGAAACUGAGCAAUCAGAAACAUACGGCGAAUACGGUUCGCAAUACAAGAACUUUAUGCUGAAUGCGGGGCAGGAUAAAAUAAUUUAUAUUUAUCAAACACUGGACGAAAAAAUGGAUUUGCUUCAAAUUUGCUAAGCGCAAAUACGAUGCAAAUUUGUGCAAACUGGGGAAUAAAUCUGAGCAAAGGUGGUAAAUGUCGAAUUUGCAUACCUAUUUACACCCUGGUGUAAAAGGUAUGCAAAUUCGACAUUUACCACCUUUGGUCAGAUUUAUUCCCAGUUUGCACAAAUUUGCAUCGUAUUUGCGCUGAGCGAAUUUGAAGCAAAUCCAUUUUUUUCGUCCAGUGAAACUUACUUUGUAUUUGUCCCUCUCUUUACGAAACCUAAUUAUAUUAUCUACGAAAAAACUCUCAAUAGUUUUUUACCGUUGCAGGUUUCCGUUUUGAGGAGAAAUAAAAGCCACCGACUCCAGUACUUCUAACCGUCCAUUUUUCAGCUGCACUGAAAGUCCUUGUACUUGGUAAUAUAUUCAAGGUUUUAGAUUUGACAUCACAUUCGCACGGGAAGUUUGCCACUUGGGGAUAAAGAUGAAGAAAAUAUGACAAUCGUGUUAUUCUUUUCAUUAUCCCCAAUGGCAAAAUGCCCGUGCGAAUGUGAUGGCAAAUCUUUCAAACUUGAAUAAAUUACCUAAUACAAGGGUUUUCGUUGCAGCUGAGAAUGGAUCGGUUAAAGUACUGGAGUUGAUGGCUUUAUUUUUGCUCAAGACGGGAACCUUCAGUGCUUAAAAAACUGGUAGGAGAUUUCCGUAGAUGUUAUGUCGUGAUUUGUUGAGAUUUUUUGCGAAAAGAGAAGGGAAAAUACUUUGACUUUGAUAAAUAAAAAACUAUCUUAACAAGGCAGGAUUUCAUACUUGUGAAGUAUGAAGUAUUUACAUAAGACGAGGACGACUAUGAGUAAGAGAUUUUCUCAAUAUAUAGUAGUACUCAAGCGCGAACCAGCGUCAUUAGCUAGGGACUUUAAGAUCCAACGAUGCAAACGGCAACGAGAACGUCAAAACACAUCCUUCCUACCAGGGCGGAUAAAGGUUGGGCGGUGAAACGAGCGCAUCCGAGCAAAAAGGUGUGAUGCAGUGUACUGGGACUCUGCUUAGAAAUGUCGCUUGUUUUCGACUUCAGUCAGGGCUUGCGAUGUGGUUUGUCCAUUAGACACUGCCGCUGUCACUGAAUUAUGGCGGCUUGAUUUGUUUUCUUGCACUUCUUCCUCGUUUCUUUGUGCUGGUACGCUGUCUCUGAGAGGCAAAUGUUGCUAUUUUUUGCGGGAGGUUUAAUUGGAGUAGACAAACAUCUCUUUCAAAGGGUUUCUCUUAUUACUUCCAUGACUCUACCACUGAAUUAUAUUUUCGUUCUACUACUCGCCAAUGUCGAUGUUAUUCCAAAACAAAACACGAAGGAAAAUCUCAUCCAUGUCAUCCAUGGCAAAACUAAACGGCAGCAGAUCGUGUUUCAUAACUAGAUGACGUGUAUUUUAUAAACGCGUGCAGCUCGUGCAAGGUGAAAUUAUGCUAAUUUCUGAUCACUAUCAUCCUUCUUUUUAAUUUUCAAAAAAACAUCUCAUACGUCUUUCUGUUUCUUCGAAACUUCAAAAUUAGUUUCCCCUCAGUUUUUACUGUUUACCUUGUUUUGUUUUAGAGAGAAAAACGGAGAAAAAACCUUACAACUAACCUCAAUAAAUUUUGUUUACAUGCGGUUGCCGGAUUUGCGACGCAUUGCGCGAAUCGCCAUGGCGAGUUGCACCCGAGAAGCAAAGUUUGAAGCAGUACAACGCCACUAUAUCAAAAUAUAUCAAUCUAAUUUUUUGUUAUGUUAUAUAAAAUUUAUCCCCCUUUAACAUAUGUAAAAAUUGAGGUUAAGAAGUGUUAAGCUUUUGCAAACGAAACGGCGAAAGACGAUUAGGUGAUAUUUGGUGGAAGGAGGAGGUAUUCAACACUUUCAAAUUAAACUCAAAUUUUGGCAUUAUACGACCAACAAGUUUGACUUACAGGCAUACAGACACAAACAUAUGAAACUGUUUUAUUGAUAUUGUUAUGAAACGAUUUUAUCUAUUCAACAUUGUAGCCUGAAAUUACAGAAAGAAAAUAGGAUUUCCGGUUUGCAAAAAGGAAAAUUUCGCCGGCAUUCAAGCGCACCGGAAGCGCGGAAAGAGCGCUCGUGCCAGUCCUACUCCACAUCACACAUUAAAUGAAGAGCGGAGCGCUCGUUUCACCGCCCAACAUUUAUCCGCCCUGCUUCCUACCUUGUUCUAUCCAUUCGGAAAUUAACGCUGUCUCUGUGAUUGAAAAGUGCAUCGCUGAUGUUCGCUCUUGGUUUAUUGGAAAUCGUUUAAUGAUCAAUGACGCAAAAACUGACUUUCUAAUUAUUGGCACCCGUCAGCAACCUGAAAAAACAUCUGUUGAAUUUAUUAUCAUUGGUGACACCGUCAUUAAAUCUUUAGAAAGCGUCCGGAACCUUGGCUCCUGGUUCGAUGCUCAUAUGCGAAUCAAGCUUUACAUAGGCAAGAUUUGUAGCAAGGCUUUUCGAGGAAUAUUCAACAUAAGACAAAUUACUUACUUAAAAUUACUUACCGUGCAAUCCACAAAGACACUGAUCCAUACCUUUGUAUCUUGGCACCUUGAUUACUGUAACACAAUUCUAUUCGGUCUACCUAAAUAUCAGCUUUAUCGUUUACAGAAAGUCCAGAAUGCCGCGGCUAGAGUGACUUUUCAGAUUGCGAAAUUUGAUCAUAUCACACCCGCUCUUAUCGACUUACAUUGGCUUCCAGUAACGUUCAGUUCAAAUUGCUCCCUUUUGUUUACAAGUCACUACACAAUCAAAGUCCAUCCUACAUUAAGGAUCUUUUAUCCCUGAAACCAGCUGCUAGUUAUACUCUUCGUUCGUCUGCACAAUCUCUUCUGUUCGUUCCAAAACUCAACUGCUCUACACUUGGGGAUCGGGCCUUUGCUCAUGCUGCACCUGUUUUAUAGAACUCGCUGCCAUUAACUAUAAGAACAAGUAGCGGCCUCGCCAACCUCGGAACUUAAAACAUUUCUUUAAUUUGUUGGAAUAGUUCUAAUGUUUAAUUUCAAUUUAGUUUGGAAUUUUCGAAUUUCAUCUUUUUUUUAGAUUUUCCCAUAGCAUAACAUAUCAUUGUUCAGUUAUUAUAGCUUUCAGGGAUCUUUAAAUUUUUUAUUUAUUAUCAUUAUCUUUAUUAUCAUUAUCAAUAGGAGUUGUUUAAUCUUGCCCCGCAUUCAGCGCAAAGUUGUUCUUCUUGUUUUGCGAACUGUAUUCGCCAUAGGUUUCUAAGUACUCAAUUUCUUGCAACUGAAGCUUUAGGCAAGAAUGCCCUUGCAGAUAGGAGAUAGUCCGCCGGCAGUUGUCCUCUAUUUGUGUGUCAACUUUCAAAAAUGAGUUAGCAUUGCAUGUUAAGGUUUAAUUUGACCAGCCAUUUAAGUAGCGAGUUCUAUGGUCACGAUUGACUUCAAACUUGCAGAGAUAAAACUAGAGAGCUCUGUGGCUUAUUUGCCGAAGUUAAAGAAAAGUCUGUCUAAUGGUUUUGAAAUUAUUGACAUUUUUUUUUGUAAAAAUGCAGUUUUAAACAUUAUGCCGAUAUCUCAAACGUUUUUAUACCUAUAAGAAAAUAACUAGCAUUUUCUUAAAGUUCGACCACUUUUUAUUAGGGUUGCCAAAAAUCAUGGAAAUCGGUUAAAUCAUUCCUGCCGAAAAACGCGAGUCAAAAACAUAACCAACGAGCAUAUAAAUAGGUUCGGGCCACCUUAAAACUAAAAUGAAAACUGGAUGUAGAUAGGGCAAGUUAGAGGGUGAAAAUUACUUCAAAUUAAGUAUUUUCUUGCUGUAGUUCACAAAAAAAAAAAAAAAUUAUUAAACUGAGAGAGUAUUUUAAUCAAAGCUACGUAUACUGAUAUCAACCUGAAUAAUAGUAUGGUAUCUCACUUUUCUUGUUUUUAUCUCAUCUAUUUUAUGACGCACACUUCAUUUUACUUAAUUAGCGCACAAUCAGUCCAUUCGAUGCCCAGGCACUAUCACGAUUUUAAAUGUUCUUUUUUGAACUAUUUCAGCUAUGUUUUUAAUGCUGUAGUCAGUUACUUAUAGAUGAUUAAUGUAAAUUUAUUUUAUAUCUUUUAAAUACAUUUUGUAUCUUUUUCAUUUAGAAUGUUAUCGUAUCCUUUUAGCGUUUUUGUUGUAGAUGUAGAAUGUAAGUAAUUUUAUUCUUAUUUUUCAUUUUAGUUCUACAUCGUAAUCAUUUUUACACGGUCCCUCAAGAAUUGAGCUUUAAAUCUUUAAAUUAGUGUUUAAAUAAAAGAAAUGAUGAUGAUGAUUUUGAUGAUGAUGAUAAUGAUUAUGACUUAUGAGUGAAAAGCUUCAGUAUGAAUAGGUGCAUUUAAAAAAGCUACACAAAGACCGAGACAAUUAAACCAACAACAUACACUGAGAACGGGGGCUGCUCUACUGUCAACUAUUAAAAGUCUGUAUCUCUUUAUUUAUUUAUGUAUUUUCACUCAUACAAGUUUCCCUUGCACAAUUAUUUCAUGUCCUUUGUCGCCAAAAAGCAAAACCGUACCUUGGCGUUUUUGAGCUAGCUGGACUACGACCAAGACGCGGUGGGUAGUUGGGAAGUUAAUUUGGUAGUACAGUGGAACCGGGGCAUAACCAAGGACCAAGAGGCCGGCAGAAUUUGUUCGCUAUAUAACGAGGUUUCGUUUAUUGAGAUUCUUUUCCAUAUAUUUUACUACAACUGGGGUAAAGAAAAUCGUUCGUUAGUAGUAUCAAGGAAUUCGUCAUAUCGAGGUUCCACUCGGCGGUAGUAAACAACAAUUAAACAAUCCAAGCCUUUACAUCGAGGUACCGACAGCUGAAUAAUAUAUUUUGCAAUUUAUCAUUCUGUUCAAGAAUUUUGGCGUUUAGCUUUUCAAAUAAGUACCAGUUUCUUCCUUCCAAAAGUAAAUUCUUAAGUAAGGGUAAACUUAGUAUUAAAAACACACUUUUCACGAGACUGAUGUCUUGUCUACUUGAAAGGGACUUAUAUUUAACAAUUAAUGAAUGAGGCUGAGUAUCUUAUGAAGAAUUGUGGAGAUCGAGGAGGGUGUUAUCCGUUGAGGUCGUAGGCCGAGGCGGAUAACACCCUCCGAGAUCUCCAUAAUUCUUCAUAUGAUACGAAAGCCGAAUUCAAUAUUUGUUUUAUUAUUCAUUCAAAAUAAUCCCUAGUUUUAAAAACAUAGCUAAAACAAGCUUACCCGCAUCAAUGUUAAGUUAAUCUUCGAUACUUAACGUUUAGGUUUGUCCAGCUCCGCAAAUAUUCUCCAAAUAGCAGAUGUCGCCCUCCGAGCUGUCUUCUUGCUGUUUUUGCUACGUUUUCUGCUAUCAUUACGCCUAGUUCCAGCUGUAGUUUUUACUCUUGAAACGAGUGUUUAUUUUCACAACCAAAACAACUCAGCCUCGUUCCCACGGUGCCUUAACCUGUAAGAACGCUGCAUUUUUGACGUCAUUUCCUCGUUAAAGUCAAAAUUCUUCCAAAUUUGGUGAUCAGUAACUGGUUGUGGUGAAUUAUGCAUGUGCUUUUAGCCAAUCAAAAUUGGGGAAAUAUUUUGAAUGAAUAAUAAUAUGUAGUAUCAGUUUAUUUUCUUGUCUGUAUGAACUCGAAUUUUGAACGAAGUCUGUGCGUCGGAUUUUCCUUUUCAUUUCUUAUUUUCCCAACAGGUUCCAGCUGCCAGUAUCGAUAUGAUUCCCAAGCAUUCCUUUUCUCGCUGGUUAACAAGCCAGGAUUGGCACCUGUGAAACUUCCUGCGUAUAGAUAUUACGGUACUGCCUUAUACGAUUGCUCGUCUUAUGGACCUACUUUCGGAGGAGGCCAUGACAUGUACAUUGCCGGCUACGCGUCAUCCAAUACCAAUUCGUAUACUUAUCUCGGUUAUGUUUACAGCCCACCAAGUGGGUACAGCUAUGGAUACACCACCACCAACAAUUUUCUGGCAGGCAGUUAUCAGUUUACUCCAGACGAAGUAGAAACAUUUUACGAAACAACUUAA